CGGUUGGCGGCGGGCCGGUGGGCGGGCGCGCACAUGGCUGCGGCGGAAGCUGCUGUGACCGCCCGCCUGACAUUGAAGGCGGGUAGCGGGGCCGCCCCGCGGCCCGGGCGGGCAUGCGGCUGCAGGCCCGGGCACAGAGGAGACGUGCUCUCGGCGGGCGGCGUAUCGCCGGCACGCUUAUCUGGCGGCCCGCAGGCGGGCCCUGCCCGCGAUACCGGGGAGCCCAGCCCUCGCAGGAGGCUACUCCUAUGUUAUUAUUAUUUUUUCUUUCCCCUUACGUUAUUUUAAAGGGAUUUGGGGUUAUUGGCCGACCCCUGUGCUGUUUGGCGGGAGGAGGGAAGGCACCCUGUGGGGUGCCGGAGCGUGGGCUUCCCCCUUCCGCGCUGGUGGGAGGGGGUUCGGAGUGGGGGGCUCGGGGGGUGCUCCUGUGCUCCCGGGGAGCAUCCUGCCAGGUGCUGCGCCCAGAGGCCUUUUAUGCUGUCUUGUGCCCUUGGGUUAAUUGGUCUAGGAGACCCUCCACACGCACACCCUGUUGUGCCCUGCCCAGCCUGAGCCUCAGGUUGUCACUUGGAAAAGGCUUCUCAAAGCUGCCAGGAAUGAUCUCCAUAUGCUCUUGCCCUAAACAAAAGGGCUUUGGUCAAGUUGGUGGACACUCCUCCAAAAGGCAAUGGACCAUGCCAGAGCGGUGAUCUCUAACUUGUUCAGUGGUGAGCCGAUGUCAUACACACGCUUCAGCAUUGCCCGGCAAACAGAGGGAGACAACAGCCACGUGGAGAUGAAGCUGUCUGCUGACGAUGAGGAUGGAGGGGAGCCUGGGAGACCAGAGCACCUGCAUGCCAUCAUGUCUCCUCCUCCUCGGAGUGGCAGGAACCGCUGCUUCCUAGUCAUUGCAGCCGUCCUCCUCCUUUUGAUUGGGUUUCUGAUCGGCUACUUGAGUUAUCGUGGACGAAUGCAGAAGGCUGGCAGGUGUCUGGAUGGAAGUGGCAAGUGUGAGGUGACUCCUACUGCGUCUUACCUAGCGGAUGAUGAUGAAACUGAGGAAGAAGAGGUUCCUGGACCACCUGUCCUCUACUGGCCCGAUCUCAGAGAUCUGUUGUCAGAUAAACUGUCAGUUGAACGCCUUGAGGUCAACCUGAGGCAAAGAGCAAAUAAGUACUCUUUUGAAGCUGGGGACACUGAAGAUCAGAGCACUGCCAACUACAUUCAUGACCAGUUCACCAGAUUCCUCUUGGAUGAAGUGUGGAACGACGAGCACUACAUUAAGCUGCAGGUCAAAGGCAGUAGCAACAACAAAGUGUCUGUUGUGGAAGAUGGUAAGGAAGAGGAACUGGAGAGUCCUGAUGCGUAUGUGGCGUACAGCAAGACUGGCUCAGUUGUUGGCAAACCAGUGUAUGUGAACUAUGGACUGAAAGCUGAUUUUCAGAGGGUACAGAAGCUGGAUGUGUCACUGAAUGAAACUAUAAUUAUCUUCAGAGCUGGAAAAAUAACCCUGGCUGAGAAGGUCGCAAAUGCCAAAGAGGUAGGAGCAGUUGGUGCCUUGAUGUACCUGGAUCCCUCCGAUUACAGGAACACAGAUGCACUUGUCCCCUUUGGACAUGCCCACCUUGGAACUGGAGACCCCUUCACCCCAGGCUUCCCUUCUUUCAACCACACCCAGUUCCCACCAGUGGAAUCUUCUGGGCUACCUCGCAUUGCUGUUCAGACUGUCUCUAGCCAAGCAGUUGACAGGCUGUUCAGCAAAAUGGGUGGAAAGGAAUGCCCUUUGGAGUGGAAAGGUGGGGUCAUGGGAUGUAAGGUGAUGCCGGAGAGGACAACCAACGUGACGGUGAAACUGACUGUGAACAACGUUAUGGCGGACAGGAAGAUUCUGAACAUCUUUGGUGCUAUCAAGGGACUUGAAGAACCAGAUCGGUAUGUUGUUAUCGGAGCCCAGAGAGAUUCCUGGGGCCCAGGAGCAGCCAAGGCUGGUGUUGGAACUGCCAUAUUAUUGGAACUUGCCCGUGUGAUCUCGGACAUGGUGAAAAAAGAUGGCUACAAACCAAGGCGCAGCAUCAUCUUCGCUAGCUGGAGUGCAGGAGAGUAUGGAGCUGUGGGUGCUACUGAAUGGCUGGAGGGGUACUCUGCCACGCUGCAUACCAAAGCCUUCACUUACAUUAACUUGGAUGCUGCAGUCCUAGGCUCCAAACACAUGAAGAUUUCUGCCAGCCCGCUGCUCUACACAUUACUGGAGAGAACUAUGAAGGGGGUGAAGGACCCAGGAAAGGGUACAGGAAACCUUUAUGACAGAGUUGGCACUGACUGGGUAAAAACAGUCGUUCCCCUUGGUCUGGAUAAUGCAGCAUUCCCUUUUCUGGCCUUCUCAGGAAUCCCCGUGGUUUCCUUUGGUUUCUACAAUAAGGAUGAGGAGUACGCUUUCUUGGGCACUACUCAGGACACUGUGGCCAACCUGAAGACAACUGGUAACUUGUAUGGUCUUAUGCGUGCUGCUGCAGAAGUUGCUGGACAAAUAGCUCUCAGGCUGACCCACGAUCAUGAGCUCUUCCUCGACUUUGAGAGAUACGCUGAAGAACUGCUAGCAUUUCAGGAGAAGUUUUUUCCCUAUGGUCAGGAUGUGAAGACGCUGGGACUGACCUUGAAGUGGCUGUAUUUUGCCCGUGGUGACUUCCAGCGAGCUACAAAUGCACUGAGAAGAGACAUUGCAAACAGUGACAGGGAAAACAGGAUUGUCCGCAGAGCCCUGAAUGACAGGAUCAUGAAGGUGGAGUAUGACUUCCUCUCCCCAUACCUCUCACCAAAAGAUGUUCCCUUUCGCCACAUCUUCUUCGGCAAAGGCUCCCACACCCUGCAGAGUCUGCUGGAGAACCUGGAGCAGCUGAGAGCCAACAAGGAGAGCGUGGACGUGAACAUGCUGAAAGAGCAGCUGGCCCUGGCGACCUGGACCAUUAAAGGGGCAGCCAAUGCCUUAGUGGGUGAUAUCUGGGAUACAGACAACGAAUUCUAGACAUGGCAGACACCUGGUUAAGGUACAGGAUUAGGGAAACACUCUCCCUAACAUGGAAUUAUUUUUCUGUAGAUUUUUCUGGCAACGAAUCUUUUUUGACCAAAGUUGAGCAUAAAAUUUAAAUUUCACCUUGACAAAUUCAUAGGAGGCAGCUUUAAAGCAGGUACUAAGAUUACCAUGAAAUCUCUGACCAGGCUCCCAUCUGACCACAGUCCAAACCGGUCACGUACAGCUGUUUGUGGGGCGUGUUCUCCAGUGUACUUGAGAACUAGCAGCUCAGGUGACUCCUGAACUGGUACCUUGUGUGGGGAGGUACCUCAUCUAUUUAGGGUUUUAAUUAUUGGCCCCCUAAACUUAAUGACAAAAUGGAAUGGAUUCCUCUUAACACUUAUAAUGGGGAUCCCUUCUCUGGCAGGGAGCUGCAGAGACCAACCCAUGGUUCAAAAAUAAAACAGCAUAGUAAUAGCCCACAAGUGCUGGAUUAUCAGUAAGCUCUGAAGUGCCCAACCUGCCUUUAGUCAACAGCAGGGUCCCAACAAUAUCUUGAAAGCUUGCUUCUGCUGAGGCAGGUCUCCAUACCCAGGGAAAAUGACCCAAAGAUUAUCUAAUACCCCUUUUGUAUCCUCAGCUGGCACCUCAGUGAGUCCUGCAGCAUUGAGAAAUGGCUCUAGACUGACACUUCAGACCUUCCUGCUCUGGGGCCUUUUCUGAAAUAGAGUCUCUUGCUGGCCAAACCCUGUUCGAGUGAUGCCAUUUUGCAGGAUGGCUCUUGUUUGGCACUGAGAUAUUUAUUUGUUUAUUUAUUUAUCAGUGACAGUGUUCACUAUAAAUGGUGUGGUUUUUUUAAUAGAAGAUAAUUAUCGGAAGCAGUGCCUUCCAUAAUUAUGACAGUUAUACUGUCGUUUUUGAAUAAAGCAGCAUCUGCUAUUACAAUCAAACAUGAUACUGGAACUUUGCAUUUAAAAUAAUCUAAACAGGCCCCUCAAAAAAAGUUUUUGAAAACUAGCAAUUAAGCUUUCUGUGGCAAAAACACUCCUGGAAGAAACUUAAAGGUGUAAACCCGGUAGCAAGUCUCGGGGUUGCACUCCAAAGUGAUCCAUGAAAUGCUGAAAAUCUGGAUGGAAACUCAAAUACUAGAAAUUUGGCUUCCCUGUGGUGUCCAUGCCCCUCUGUGGGUCCAGACUCCCUCUUUGCUCCCCUUUCUGGACAAUGUGUGCUCGCAGGGGGAGCACAGCUUCCUUCCUGGCCUUGCUGUGUAGCCCUUGCUCCGCUUGUGGCAACAAACGAAUUUCUUGUACCUCAGAUUAGGCAUUGUCCCAAUUUUUAAACAGCAGCUUCCUGCAAACUUCCAGUACCUUAUGUAUCAUGAAACUUAACUGACAUUAUCGGGGGCAGUGUCUUCCAUAAUGUGUAAAGAACAAGGUAGUUUUUGCCUACCACAGUGUUAUAUCGGAGGCAGUGACCUCCAUAUGUUGCACUAUGGGUGUACGUAAUUAUCGGGGACAGUGUUUCCCAUAAUUGUUCUAUGCUUAUCAUGCAAUGUCAUCUGCAAAGCUUGAUGGUUAGUAUCUAACACGGAUCAAUUUCCUGCAGUCCUAUUUUUUUUCCACUCUCCUGUGGUGAUGCAGAUACAAACUUCGGUCUGUGAUGUACUUCCUCUACCUUCUCUGUAGGCUGAACUGUUUUCAAAUAGCUGUGCUGUCUUGAAGUGGCUUCCUGCCUCCAGUCACGGGACUGGUGCUUGAAUGUUUAGUAGAAACUAGGCUAGUUAGACUGUGUGCUCUGUGAUUUAGUGAACUUCCUUGGAAUCAGUUAAAGACCUGGGGAAAUAAAGACGAAUGUAGGGCUUUGGGCUGACUGCUGUCCGGAGGGCUCUGGUCACUGCUCUGGCUCGGUGUGUGUACUGGUUCAGAGGCUGGCCUGCUUGGGCACUAGGGUGAUGCUGGUGUGUGUGUGCACAGGAGGCUGCUUGCUCCCCAGGUCUUGCUGUAAACUCCAGUCUUGCCUCCUGGGUGAUGUGUGGAGGGGAGGAAAUCAGUGAUACCUUUCUCUGCUCCCCGAUCUGAAGCUGAACACUGCUGCUGUGUGACACCUCUGCUGUUCCCAAAGAGCAGCUGGCAGGCUGGUGCCAGCCCUGCAGUAUGGUAUUUAAACCUAAACCAAGUGACCUGAGCCGUAGCAGUGGUCCUUGAGGGGAAAGAAUGUUGUUCAGCCUCCACAAGGAAUAGGCAAGGAGGAGCCCCCAGCCUGGUUAACUGAGCUCACUGCUCACCACCUUGGAGGGCUGGAUUGUCAUGGGUCUUUCUGGAAGCCUGAUGCCCAGACUUGUGUGACUUUUUGCUCUUCCUUAGCUACCCUGCUGUCUCUCUCUGAGGCAUGUGUGCAGCCCUCUGUGUUACUGUUUCCUAGUGACACUUCUCUGGAUGGCAUUUAAGAGCUGCUGUCUGGGAGUCCUCACUGUAGUGUUUGCAUGCAUCUUGAUGUGAGACUUAAUCACGCGCUUUACAGCCAGCAGAGGAAGACAAAGCCUGUCUCCUGGUGAGGCAGCACAACUGUGACUACUGGGAUGUCGGGAUGCCUUGCUCUGUGCUGGCGUCUGACUGGUGUGGGGCGCUAAACUCUCUGGGUUAUGUGCUGUCUGCUUGAAUAAAGUUUUGAAGCUUGAACACUCAA